GUCACGUGGGUUCCGAAAGACGCACUACUGGGCAGUGCUUGGAGAAGAUAGCAGAGGUGAACAGCAUUUGAGCGAUGGACGUUGUUUCCCUGGAAGGCGAGCUUCGCGCCUCUGCGGCACUCGUCAACGUGACCACCGCCGCGUUUCCGUCCGACGUGCGUCAUCAACGGUGAUGAGCACCUCCCGACUUUGACAAAUCUUAAGAUGCCCCAGAUACCAGUGAACGCGGAGAAUUAGUAAUGCGGGUGGAAGGGAACGCAUCGUCCGUCUGCAAAGACCGCUUAAAAGAACGACGCCUUCACUCGCAGUUGCAGUGGAAAGACGCCCGAGUCCGUGAGAAGUUGGUCGUCUGGAUUCCGUUGGCACAUAGGCCAGUCUGGAGGACCUCCGAAAGAAUCUCCCCCAUCUUUCGUUCAGCCCGGAAAGAAGGGAAACGUGUCACUGACCGACUAGUGACAAGCUACACAAAAAGAGCACAUGCGCCAAGUUUGCCCCCACCCCUUUCUCUCUCUCUCCCUUUCCUCCUCGAUUUUUCUGUUGUGCCGGUAUGAACAGCCAUUAGGAAGCGAAGAAGGGUCUUCUGCGCCAGUCGUCCACCCCUUCGCCCUUUCUCUCCGCUGCUGAGCAUUUUUCUCUCCCUCCAACGGCGGUGCCGGAAAAAAAAAAAAGUUGCCCUCGGCGGCGGGGCAAGUGGGCAAGUGCCUACAGACACCUCCUCACCCGCUCGCUCACCCUCGCCACCCGGGCCGUGACGUAGCUGCCGCUUUCGCUUACCUUGCUAGCCGACUCCAGUAGCCCACAUUCGCAGAGAGUGGUUGGACGUUGUAGGUUCCGGCCGUGUGUCCGUUUGCCCCCUGCGUGCGCACUUGGCGUAGUCUCGCCGCGGAACUACAUAGAGCAGCGCCGUACUAGUGUGUUACGUUGCUGCACUUCGCGCUGGGAUUUUACGCACGCUCUGCGCUUUUCUACCACAAACCUGGAUUACUAACCAACAGCGGCGUUCAGCAUGCCCAAAGUAUUCUUGGUGCGAAAGCCUCGGAGCCACCGGCGGCGCGCAUUGUCGACUUCAUCUACGGUGACACCCCCGCCGAGCCCACAGGAACCGACGCAGUCACGGACCACCUCGACAUGUCCGCCGUACCAAGGGAACCUCGUCAUCGAUUUGGGAUCGCCAGCCUCCAGCUGUGGGCAGCGGAGCAGUCCUCCUAUAAGUCACCGCAGCAGUCCGCCCGUGUCUCCGCCGACGCCCCCAUCGUCGAGCGAAGGCGACAAGGGCUGCCAGCAGAGCAGUGAUGAACCGUACCUGUCUUCGGAGGACUCCUCCUCGGAGGUGUCCUCCACGUCCAUCGCGUACGCAAACUUCCUGGGCAGAAUAGCCAUCCCGCGAGCCCAUGCUGCGUCGCACUCCGUGCCGCUGCAGCAGGACCCGCGGCCCAUGGCCCCGUGCCCUUUGCGUGUUCCUGUGAUCCAGUCGCCCAUCUCCCGCUACCCAUCUGCUCGGCCGCUGAUCGCGCCUACGUCCAUGGACAUGCCGCUGGACGCCCGCAUCAAUGUGCCUGCCGCCUCGCCCGAGGCGCACCCCCACUACCUGCCGCCCACGUCUCCCGUGGAGCUGACGCGGCGCCCCGUGGAAGUCAUGUCUGCAGCCGUUUCUGAGAAGGCAGUGUCCGACGACGAGGCUUCCCCCAGGCCUGCCGCUCAGCUGACGGCCAGGCUAGGCCUUCUGCAACAGCGGCUAGGCCUGAACGCGGACUUGCCCCUCGAGUUCGUCAAUGGCGGCCACGGCAUCAAAAACCCGCUCAUCAACAAGACCGGCCGACGGAACAGCGGCCAGCAACCAUCAUCGGCAGUCGAGUCGCACGAUUCGAGCAGCAACCAGAGCUCUGGGUUUUCAUGCGGAGUGUGUGGCAAGACUUUCGGCCUGCAGCGGCUUCUUAAUCGCCACAUGAAGUGCCACAGCAACAUCAAGCGCUACCUGUGCACCUUCUGCGGCAAGGGAUUCAACGACACCUUCGACCUCAAGCGCCACACAAGAACGCACACCGGCGUCCGCCCGUACAAGUGCGGCAUGUGCGACAAGUCGUUCACACAGCGCUGCUCGCUCGAGUCGCACACGCUCAAGGUGCACGGCAUCCAGCACCAGUACGCCUACAAGGAGCGCCGGGCCAAAGUGUACGUCUGCGAAGAGUGCGGCCACACGACGAACGAGCCCGAAGUUCACUUCCUGCACCUCAGGGAUCGCCACCCUCUGAGUCCGGCUCUGCACAAGUUCUACGACAAGAGGCACUUCAAGUUCUCCGACGGCACUUUCCCCAUGAACAUACUGCGCGUGCCUCUUGCCUAAACUGCCUUUCUCGGGCGGUGAACGCGUUCAACGCCCCUUGCGAGGCGUCAGCCACAUGGAGCGCACUUGGCGAUAGCGGAGCACCUUCUGGUGCGCAUUUACACUGAAGGAUAACCUCUACAAGUCAGUUUAUACCGCAAAGUGGAUCCCCCAAAACUAUUUUAAUUGAUUUCCCAUGACAUUCUCGAAUAUUUCAUUUCUAUUGCGAAAAGAAAGCUGACUUGUUGCUUGAACCAAGGCUCAUUUUUUAAAAAUUUUAUUAAUGCAACGAAAUUGCAUGGAAUGAUAGUAUAAACGUAAGAACAUCAAAGCCAAGUAGUUAAACAGGUACUUAGCCUAGUUGCUAAUCCAUGGUUUGGUUGUGCAGCACACGUGGAAAAAAAUAUCAACCACGUUCAGAGAAACAUGAAUCCUCGUACUUAUGUUUGUGUGAGCGUGUGUUUUCAAGUGCACUGCUUACCAAAUCAUAUCUAAACAAGAUUUAACCAGAAAAAAAAAGAACUAGGCAUAAAACUGACGCAUAAAAGCCCCCGGAGGAACACGUGCAUUCAAAACGCAUGCGUUUCCAACCGCGGCGGCCGCAUUUCGCUGAGGCCAGAACGCAAACACCCUCGCGCAGUUACGUUCAGGUCCCCAAAUAAGGAGUCUCACGUCCAGCAUGUUCCAUAAAGACGUGACACCUCAGAAUUUUGAAAGCUUAAAGGGGCGCCAGAGGGCAACAGCAAAUUAGUAGAUUAUUCCUUCAAAAGUAUUUGCGUUCAUCCGACGGGAAGAAUAUGUGCCGAACUUCCUUUUUUUUUUAAUCUUUCUUCCACGCCGUGAUCUCGGCGCCUGCACGACAGCGUGACGCCACAGAUUUUCGCGUUAUCUUAUCUGGGCAUUUAGCCGCAACAAGAUUUCUCAAGGAUGUCUGUUACCGCAGACCUUUAUAGAACUCGAUGCAAUGAUCGUUUACCAAGAUCAGGCGCUAUCAAAGCCCAUGAAGUCGGAGCGAGCUUGCGCGCGAGCUUCGUGAUGCUGUUGCCACCCUGUUUUCUGACUUUGCAAGCCAGCUUAUCUCGUAAUGAGAACUGCCACUUCACCUGUGCGUAAACUAAAUUUGCGAACACAGCUUUAUCCGAUGUGCCUGUUUAGUUUUGUACCUUCACGCUUCGACACCGACGCGGCUAAUGCGUCGCGCAAACGGGACGCGCUGAUACGUUGCGUGUGGCUGUCGCUUAGGGCUACCUAUGACUGUGAUAUCUGCACCUCACUUUUGUAAAUACACAGCCUUCCGGGGCCUCGUCAUUAAUUUAUGUUCCACCACUCAUUCCCUCGCAAUGUCUUUCCGUCAUUGUUUUUCUUCGCAUCAAGUCGAUCCCUUAUUGCCAUGUGAUCCGUGCCCUUCGUCUUUGGCGCACGUUUUCUUGUCCGGAAGACAUGCCUCAGACGUUGAGGUGCAGUACAAACUUGUUUCUGUGGACGUCUUUUUGUUCGUUGUAAAUAAGCUGUUCAUCAUAAGUCACUAGCCUCCCAUUUGUUCUCGUAAGCACAAAGUUCUGUGCCCUUCCACGUUCAUUCAGCUGGGGGCCAUAUUUUGCGGGGAUUAAUUCCGAGAAUAUGUCUGAGCCUGUGUGCGCACUGAAAAGUCCAUUUAUCGUCCGAAGAACAGAAAAUGAGAAGAAUCACUAUAAAAUACUGCUCUAGAGUGCCCGACCGCCUGGAUGUUUUUAAAAAGUAAAAGCCGUUUGGAGCCCCAAGGAAAGCAAUAAACAGAAUUCUGUGUUCUUGGAUUGAAUUUUUACGUCCGACAACCACUCCAACCAAAUUCUUAUCUUGUUCAUGUUCUUCAUAAAAUGGCAAUAGUCAUACAUCGUCUUCCCAUGGUCGUAGACGUACAUUGUUCAUGUUCAAUAAACUGUCAUAAACUGA